UUCCUGCUUGUAGACUGGAACCGGGAGAGAGAGAACUCUGUUACUCGCUCCGUCUCCAACUUUCAGAGGAAGUUACCACCUCUUCCCCAGACCCUGUACACAUACUCAGGCAAACACACGCUCUCUUCAGGACUUGACCACAGCAGCAACAGAGCAACAGUCAAGGCUGUUUUUAAUGCCGUGCUCUUUUUUUUCUUUUCUCUAAUUCAAAAUUUGGAGGGAAAGAAGAUUAAGAUUUGCAGUUUGCUUUCUGUGUGGACUGAACAGCUUCUCUCAAGAGUGACGGGGUGGCCAAAUCAACUAUUUAGCCUGAAGACCAAAGAUCACAAGCCGUGAUCCAACAGCAGAGAGAAAAGAGGAGCGUGAUAACUUUGCAUCUGUUCUCCAACUUCUCAGAACAAUAUGAGCUGGAACUGAAGCCCCAUAGUUUCAUUUUUGUGGUGUAAAAGAAGAAAACGGAGUCACUAUGGAUGUGAAGAAAAAGGAAAUGGACCUCCUAAGUAACAGCAUAGCUGCCUAUGCACACAUUAAAGCAAAUCCAGAGAGUUUUGGCCUUUACUUUGUGCUUGGAGUGUGUUUUGGCUUGAUACUCACACUCUGCCUACUGGUGAUUCGGAUCUCCUGCAAGCCACGCACCACCAUUACCCCCUCCACUCCUGAGAAAAAAAACUUAAAGGACAUCAACGAGGAGGAUGAGGACAGUGAUGACGAUGAUGAAGAUGAAGAAGUGGACGAUGUAGAGGCGACUGUUCCGUUGCCCACCACAGAAAUCUCUGUUGGCAAUCACACCAGCCAGUCGGACGGGACACUGAGCGUGAAUGUGUUUACUUCAGCCGAAGAGCUGGAGCGUGCACAGCGACUGGAGGAGAGGGAACGCAUCAUCCGAGAGAUCUGGAGGAACGGCCAGCCAGAUAUCCUGGGGACAGGAACGGGAACUAUUGGAAGAGUGCAUUACUACUAAGAAACAUGAGGCUAAGGAAAGUGAGCCCUGAGAAGAUAAAACAUAGACUUUUGGGUGGGCCUGGAGUCCCUCAAGCCCAAGAGCCUGCGUUAGAUACAAAGUGACUGGAAAUUAGUCAUAUUUGACAUACUUAGCUCUGACAGAGCAGACUGAGAUAUUGCACUUCUUAUGUAGCAUUGAUAAAUCUGACUGAUUAACCAAACCAAUGGAAGUCUUAAAGACUGAAUAAUUCAUAUGGAAGAGGUGUGGAGUGAAUGUGGGGAAUGAUGGGACACUUGAAGUAAUCAGUCUAUUAAACUUGGUGCUUAAUUACAGAAAUGAAAACUAGAUUUGUGUAUGUAAUAAAUGAAAAAUGAAAGUGUCAAUAAGUAAAAAAGAAAUGUUUGUUGAAACAAAGACUAUUUCCGCUAACAAUUCUGACCUUAUAGGAUAAUGACUUUGCAGGAUAAAUCAAAGCACUUCACGAGCAUAUAUACGUGUAUUCUACAACACCAAUCAGAUACUGAAGUCCAAAGGUAUAUACUGAUCAGCUUCAAAAUGAAACUCUAUCUAAUAUUGUUGAUGUUCUUCCUGCACUGCUAAAACAGCUCUGAAAUGUGGAACAGUAAAUGCCACCUUUGUAAGGCUUGCUGGGAUGUGAGGAGCAGGUACUGAAUUUUAAAAUAAAAUCAAGACCUCAAGGUUUUUCAGGAAGAACAUUAGUAUUGUAACAUGAUAUCCAGUGCUAAUCAUAUAUUAAUGCUGUGGCUGAUCAGUGUGUACAAAUCCAAUAUCAUGUAAAAAAAUAAAAAAAA